ACUCGGUUCGGUUUGGUUUAACACUGGUGUGUGACAGAGUGGAUGCCUCUCGCUAAUAUGGUAGUCCCUUAAUGCCGUAAAGACGGUAACAAACGGCGUCCUUCCCGAUCCCAUCGUCAUCGUCCCCGUCGAUCGAGGCCAUUAUCAAGGGUUGGCACUUGGAGCGAAGCGACAGAUUGAGGAUGGGCGGCGGCGGAGCGGAGCGAUGGUGCGUGGUCACCGGCGGCCGUGGCUUCGCUGCCCGGCACCUGGUCGAGAUGCUUCUCCGCUCUGACGACUGGUGCGUCCGCGUCGCUGAUCUCGCACCGUCCAUCUCGCUUGAGGCCCACGAGGAGGCCGGUGUCCUAGGCCGCGCACUCCGAUCUGGCCGCGCCGCCUACGUGUCCGCCGAUCUCCGCAAUAAGGCACAGGUCGUUAAAGCAUUUGAAGGAAUUGAAGUUGUCUUUCACAUGGCUGCUCCUGAUUCAUCUAUCAACAACUACCAGCUUCAUUUCUCUGUGAAUGUUGAUGGUACCAGAAAUGUUAUUGAUGCGUGUAUUGAAUGCCAAGUGAAGAGACUAAUCUAUACUAGUUCUCCUAGUGUGGUGUUUGAUGGUGUUCAUGGAAUUUUCAAUGGGGAAGAAUCACUUCCAUAUCCAGAGAAGUUCAACGAUUCAUAUUCAGAGACUAAAGCAGAAGGAGAAAAAUUGAUUUUAAAAGCUAAUGGCAGGAAUGGGCUUUUGACAUGUUGUAUAAGACCUAGCAGUAUAUUUGGCCCUGGUGACAGAUUGUUGGUGCCUUCACUAGUUGCUGCUGCAAAGGCUGGCAAGAGUAAGUUUAUCAUUGGUGAUGGGAAUAAUCUGUAUGACUUCACAUAUGUAGAAAAUGUGGCAUAUGCCCAUAUAUGUGCUGAGCGCACUCUAUCCUCUGAAGAAGGUGCUAAGCAAGCUGCAGGGCAGGCCUAUUUCAUAACAAAUGGAGAACCAAUAAAAUUUUGGGAAUUCAUGUCAUUAAUACUAGAAGGUCUUGGAUAUGAAAGGCCAAAUAUCAAACUUCCUGUUUCUUUUAUGAUGCCAAUUGCUCACUUGGUAGAAUGGGCAUACAAGAUCUUUUCACAGUAUGGGAUGCCUGUGCCCCAGCUGACACCUUCAAGAAUUAGACUUUUGUCAUGCAAUAGGACUUUCAGCUGUUCAAAAGCUAAAGAUCAUAUUGAUUAUGAGCCUAUUGUGUCUCUUAAGGAUGGUAUCCAAAGAACAAUUGAGUCAUACUCUCAUCUUAAAGCUGAGCAGAAAAAGAGAACUUCUAAAGUUUAUACCUAUUUGGGUGGUGGAAAAGUUGCUGACACACUUCUUUGGAAAGAUAAGAAACAAUCAUUCACAAUGUUGCUUCUGUUUGUUGCCCUAUAUAGCUACUUUUUCGCAAAUGGAUAUACAAUGAUUACAGCAGUGGCAAAGCUAGUCUCAGUUGUUGCAUUGUUCUUGUUUAUUCAUGGCGCUUUGCCUUCAAAAAUAUUAGGGUAUAAUAUUCAGAAAUUGUCACCUUCGUAUUUCGAAUUGUCAGAAGAGCAGGCACGUAGGCAUGCUCAUUCAGCUACCCAUAUAUGGAACAAUGGAAUUGUCAUAUUGCGCUCACUUUGCAAGGGAAAGGAUUGGGCAUUGAUGUUUAAGGUUGUUUUCUUGUUAUUAUUUCUGAAUGUCCUUGGAUACAUGUCGCCGCAGACAAUCUAUAAAUUAGGGCUUGCUAUAGCUUUCUUUGGUUUGUAUGUUUAUGAUAGAUGGGAAGAUGAGAUCGACAAGCAUAUUAAGGAUGCAUACUCCCAUGUCAGAAAGUUGACAUCGAAGGUUCCCCGAGGCCCUUGAGGCACUAGUGAUGUUGGCCAGUGCUGGUUUUGUCUGCAGAAUUUGAUUACAUCAUGUUCCAACUUUGCUUAGAUCGAGGGAGCUUGAACUCAUCUGGGAACUUUGCUGCAUAAUAUUUUCUCAAUGAUGGGUCCUUUGUUGAACUUUACCCAAUCUUGGUAGAACUGUGCAUUUUCAGGGCAUUUGUUUUACGGUUGCCCUUUGCAAAUUCUUCUGUCAAGUGUUUUCUUUUAUUUGGAAAACAAAGGCCCAGAUAUAUGGAUGCAAAGUAGAGGAAAACAAAAGAAACUAUUAGAGAAGAAUUGGAGGGAUGAAAUGUUUUUUGCUAUGAAGGUAAACGUUUUUUCAAUCAA